CGCCAAAUGUGCAUCCCUAAACUUUCCCCUUUCUUUUUGAUUAACUAAUAUCUUUCUAAAAAUGCCAAGGUUAUUCCAGUGUAAUAACGGCAAGAUACUUGUACUAAAGUAAUCAGUUUAUAGCGAGUAUAUCGGCCAUGUUGAAGGGACAAUUUCUUUUUUCAUCUGUCUGUUUUUUGCUAACCUUGGAAGAUACCACACCUGUCCAGUGAGUAGUCAAUCCUAAGGCAUCCAAAAUAAUAAAGAUACUCUCCAACACUGAAUAUCCUAACACUUUAUUAUUUUAUUUUUCUGGUGCUCUGUUGGGUUCAUUUUCUUCAUCCAUUUGUGCAAGCAACGAGAACAAAUAUACGUACAUAUAUUUGCUUCUUGUUUUGGCUCUCCAUUACACGGUCUCUGCAAUUAAUCAGUGAACUCCCACGCUCCAAUUCAGCAAUAUAUGCGUGAACAUUUUGGUCCUAACGAGCCGGAUCAGAGACAGGGCCGUAAGGAGAGAUUUCAGCUUCACAAAAAAUUGAUGCUCACUGGUAUGUUUUGGUUCCUUCGCUAGUUGGAUUUUCAAGUGAGAUCAGUUUGGUUUUUGUCACACAACACGGUGUUACAAAAUUAUUAUUAAAAAGAUAACCUAAAGUUGCCGGUAAACUUGGAGAAAACCCCUAAAGUUGCUGGUAAACUUGGAUCAAAUACCCUAAAGUUGCUGGUAAACUUGGAUCAAAUACCCUAAAGUUGCCGGUAAACUUGGACAAACCCCUAAAUUUGCUGGUAAAAGUGGAAAAAACCGCAAAAAAAAUUGAAGUUUGUUCCAGAGAAGUGCCGACGGCAAAGCAUAGCAAGUAAAAAUUACAAUCUUGUAAUCCGCAAAAAAUGAAGUUUCACAAUAGAAGAACAUCAGUUUCCACCAAAUGCAAGUUUGCGUGUAGAGUUUGCCGGCAAAGGCAUGCUCUUAAGUCAUGCUCUCGUUUUCACGACUUAAACACCCUGGACCGUAUGCGCGUUGUGAAGAAGUAUGGUUACUGCAUGAACUGCUUAGCCCAUACUCACUCACAGGGGACUUGCUUCACCAAAACGGGCUGUAGGUACUGUGGCAAGGCACAUCAUUCACUACUCCACACCCAUUCUAGACUUCGGAAAGCUUCAUCUCGGGAAGCCGAGAGGAGGGUGACAGAUGAUAGGCAUAUCAGACAGGCAACUAACUCAACAUCAAGUCAAGCUGUACAGUCUUUGUCCGGUUCUUCAACGUCUGGUCGAGAUUCACGCAUUGCUCCCAUUACGCCAACCACCGCAUCCCUUACCUCCCUACUAAACCACAACAUGGUCACUCUACUGCCAACCAUUUUAGUAAGAGUCGAAAAUAAGGGAAAAAACCAUCAGGCUAGAUGCCUUCUUGAUUCUGCGGCCAGAAUGAGCUACGUAUCCCAAAGGCUAUUGGAUAAGUUAGGCGUGGUAUGUCUGGAACUUGACAAGGAAACAAUUUGCCCCCUAACUCUAUGGGCUACAGCGGAAUUGUCAAGGAGUAUAGAUGUUACACUAAGAGUAAACCACCGGAUCGGCACCCUGACGCCAAAGAAAUCGCUCCCUGACUCCAUAAAAGAACAUUUCGCUAACUUUAUAUUGGCAGAUAAGUUUUUCAACGUAUCUGCGCCCAUUGACAUCGUUCUAGGCGUCGAUGUAUACGCAAGAAUUGUACUCGAUGGAAUGUAUGCCAAACCCGGACUUCCAACUGCCCAAAGUACUUUAUUUGGAAUUGUACUGUACGGAACAUUCAACCAUUAGAUUAGAAUUUAGACUAAAAGUCAUUUUUUUUUUUAAUUAUUAUAUCUCAAAAAAAAAAAUGAAUAUUAUUCAAAUUGGAUUUUUAUAAAUAAUGAACUUACAAAUGUGAAUUUUUAAACUAAGUUCUAUUUAACCUGUUCGAAAUUAAUUAUUCCCAUUCUAUAUAUGUCUCUUCAACAUCCGCCAUAAUAAGUUUUUUUUUAAAUAUUUAUUCCAUUACAGUACACACUGUAAGGGGGAGGAAUGUUUACGCCAAAUGUGCAUCCCUAAACUUUCCCCUUUCUUUUUGAUUAACUAAUAUCUUUCUAAAAAUGCCAAGGUUAUUCCAGUGUAAUAACGGCAAGAUACUUGUACUAAAGUAAUCAGUUUAUAGCGAGUAUAUCGGCCAUGUUGAAGGGACAAUUUCUUUUUUCAUCUGUCUGUUUUUUGCUAACCUUGGAAGAUACCACACCUGUCCAGUGAGUAGUCAAUCCUAAGGCAUCCAAAAUAAUAAAGAUACUCUCCAACACUGAA